UUUUUAAUUCUAAACGAGAUCUUCGGAAUGGCAGACGCAGCGGCAAAGAAACCGAAGGCUGAGAAAAAAGCACCAAAGGAGGGUGCAACUCCAAGUGACAAACCCUCCGUUAAAAGACGUCCUUUCAAAAGACAUGGACGUUUAUAUGCUAAAGCCAUCUUCACAGGUUACAAAAGAGGUCUUCGUAAUCAACACGAAAAUACUGCCUUAUUAUCUGUAGAAGGAACCAGAUCAAAAGAUGAGAGUUGGUUUUACGUAGGAAAAAAAUGCGUCUAUGUAUACAAAGCUAAAAACAAGACAUGUGUUCCCGGUAGGCCCAAAUCUGUUAAAUCAAAAGUUAGAGCUAUUUGGGGAAAAGUCACCAGACCACAUGGCACGAGAGGUGCAGUAAGAGCCAAAUUCAAUAGGAAUUUACCAGCAAAGGCUAUGGGACAUCGUAUUCGUAUUUGGAAGAUACUGGCAUUAAAAUCAACGGAAUUAAUGUCAACAAUCUCAGAUAUGCAGACGACACGGUACUUAUUGCCUCCAAUGAUUUAUAACAGGGUAACCGAAGCAUGUGAUGAAUAUGGACUAAAAGUUGACACUUCUAAGACAAAACUCAUGGUUGUCAGCAAAACGGAGUUACAAUCAACGAACAUCAGAGCGUAUGGAAUAGAGUUAGAAGAGUCCACAAUAUUACCUACUUAUUAA